CGAAAGGUCCAUCACUAUUAUUGAAACCCUUCCUCCAGGCGUGCAAAAAAAUAACAUUAAAACCCCAAAAGCAAGGGUUUUUACCGAUUUGUAGCGCUAUUUCAGCAGCAUGCAAGGACACUAGAGCGAGCCACGCCCGGUGAGAGUGCAAUGACGGAGAACACGGAGAAAGCGGCGAGCGUGGAGCCGCCGCAACUGGCGGAGUCUCAGUCAAAUCCUCCAGAACAGGAGCCACUUGCUCGGGCCGAGGUUCCGCCAAUCAAGGUGAAGAGCGAGCGACCGGACGCGGAGGUGGAGGCCAAACUCCGGGCCCUGAAUGCCAAGAUCAAGGCGGAUGCACUGGCCCAGCAACGGAGAAGCAACAGCCAGGAGCAGGGAGACGAUACGGAUGGCAGCGACAGCUCCUCCUCGACGGAAAACAAGAAGGACAUUAAGCCGGUAAAGUCCUCCAACGAGAUUCUCGCCGAGCUCUUCGGGGUGUUUAACGCUGCUCCUCCGGAGGAACUGCUAGACGACAAGAAUCUGAUCAAGAAAAAAAAGAAGGUCAAAAAGGAGAAGAAGGAAAAAAAGGCCAAAAAGAAGAAGUCAACUAAGUCGGAUGGCGAGUGCAGCGAUUCUGAGGCGGAGGGAAAGCACAAGCAUAAGCGCAAAAAGCACAAGCACAAGCACAAAGAUGGCAAAAUCAAAGAUAGGGACAAAGGCAAGGAGACGGCUACGGCGCCACCAGCUCCACCUGAGGAGACAAAAAAGUCUGAAACCAGAAAGAGAAGCGCUGCGGAGUCUGUUAGCCAAGCGGAGCCCCAUCCCGUCAAGCGGGAGCGGCAUGAAAGGGAGCGUGAAAAGGAGCGUGAUAAGGAACGCGAAAGGGAGCGGGAGAAGGAACGCGAAAGGGAGCGUGAGAAGGAACGCGAAAGGGAGCGUGAAAAGGAGCGUGUCCGCUCCCACAAUAGCUUCUACAACGGCCACCGGGAAGCGGAACGCUCGAAAGGGUCUGAAGCUAGCAGGACCAAGUCACGGCAGGCAAACGACUUGUCCGAUGUCUCGCUGUCGGACGAGGAGUCCUACCUCCGCGAAAAGGCGUCCAAUGGUCGCCGACGGCCGCACAACAGCUUCUACGAUGGCAAGGAGGAACCAAAGGUGUCACCCAAAAGGUCCCCAAAGCGGAACACCCGUGAAUCAAACUCCAGAAGGAAUCGAAGGACCAGAUCUCGCUCUCGUGAUCUCGGAAUCGAUAAGAACCGCUUGCUCGAGAUUGCGCGAAAGAACGCCAUUAGCAUGUUUAAGCGAGGCACCCUACCCGGCGUGGCAAACAUGACGCCAGAGAUUAAAGACAAGGUGCUGGUCAAGAUGCGCUACGGCGGACGCACUGUUCAGGAUCUGACUGACUUCUGCAAGAAGAUCUCGAACGGCGACGGACUGUCCGAUCUGAGUUCCGAAGAGGAUUCCGAUGUGGACAAAAAUGGCAAUGCAAAAGCCUUUCAUCAUCCCUUUCAGCUGAAAGAGCGGGAGCCAAUUGUGAUGCACAUACGUAACUCGACGGCGCUUGUCCCCGCGCCAUCCCGGCUCGACGACCAAACGAAAGCCAUAACCAUGCAGUUUCCGGUGUCCUCGGGCCAGACGCAUCGCAAUAAUGAGGUCUGGGUGCCGGUGGAACGCAAGGAUGCGCUGGUGCCGCUGCCCUCCCUGCCGCCGGCCAAACAGGCUACCAAUAUGUUCAAGGAAACGCCGAAGAACGUAUUUGCCAAGUCGAUGCCUUCGCAGGAGCAGCAGGAACCCGCCUUUAAAUCGGUGGGGGGAGGCUCUCUAGUCCCACCAGCAGCUGCAACCCCGUCUCUCAAUGUUCCUCAACCCGUCCCGCCGCCCAUAUCAAAAGAGCCUGUUCCUCCAACGCCUGCUACUCCAUUUGUACCCGAGGUGCCCAUCCCCUCGACGACACCAGCGACGCCGACUCCAAGUGCUUCCAUCUUUCCGGAUGUGACACCGCCCUCCAUGGACGUCUCCAGCAUAAUCACUCAGCGUCUUAGUGCCAUUCGCCGCCUGCAGGACAAUCCAGCCGACUCUGAGGCUCUGAAAAUGAUGUACCAUGCGCAACGCAACAUGUCGUCGUGGGCAAACUCAAAGCACUUGCCCGGCCAGUUCACGGGGAGCACAGGUGCUCAAGUAAUGAAGGCCCAUGAGCUGAGCAGCGGUCCGCAGCUGUGGGUGCGGAAGGACCAAUUGACCUCUACCAAGCCGGUAACUGGUGGCAUGGGCAUGGCACUGCUGCAGAAGAUGGGCUGGAAGCCGGGCGAAGGACUGGGCAGAUGUAAAACCGGAUCCCUGCAGCCCCUUCUACUGGACGUGAAGCUAGACAAGCGUGGCCUAGUGUCGCGUGAGGACCUAAAGCCGCCGCCAUCGCGUCAGUCAGCCAUCCAGCGAAGAAACAAAAAUGCAUCCGGCCCUGUCGGAGGUUGUGGGCCUCCCGGAGCGAGUGCAGGUGCAAGUGCGGGAGCGCCACUGGUCACCCAGGACAAACAUCCCGUGUGUGUGCUCAACGAACUGACCUCAAAGAACAAGUGGACGCCGCCGCAGUACAAGCUGCGCCAGGAUAUCGGUCCCGCCCACAAUCGCUCCUUCCUUUUCUCGGUCGAGAUCAACGGACUGACUUAUACGCCGGAAAGAGGAUGCAACAACAAGAAGGAGGCUAAGCUAAACGCCGCCACGUUAUGUUUGAGAGCUUUAGGCAUCCUACCGCCUAGUUAGUGGUUGAGCUGGGACUAGGCGAAUUUAUAGAUAGUAAAUAAUAUAGGAACCCGAAACUGUACAUAUAGGUAGCCAUAACUCUAAGAUUUAGUAUAAAGUGUUGAACGUUUGCAGAAUGCCUAAUAUAUUUAUAACUAUCCGUAAGAAAAAUCGGAUCUUUGAGCCAAUUUGUCGAUCCUUGCAGAGAACAGUAGAAA